AUGGUCCUGCAGACAGGCUUCUGGCUGCUGGCGCCGUUCACCAUUGCAGCGCUCAGCUUCGCCAUCAAUGUGGGCUCCGCGGACCGCUUCAUCGACUGGCCCUAUCUCUGGCUGCUGUUCCGGAAUAUAUCCCCAUUCUUCUAUGCUGUGGUCGGCGUUGCGCUAUGCGUGGGGACCUCCAUUCUUGGGGCGGCAUGGGGCAUCUUCAUCACCGGCAGCAGCUUGGUGGGGGCAGCUGUCCGCGUACCACGCAUCACGUCCAAAAACUUGAUCAGCAUUAUCUUCUGUGAGGCUGUGGCCAUCUAUGGCGUCAUCGUGGCCAUCAUCCUGCAGACCAAGCUGGAGGCCGUGACCAUCGAGGAGGGCCUCUUCACCAGGGGCAACAUGGCAGCUGGAUACGCCAUCUUUGCCGCGGGCCUGACCUGCGGGCUGUCAAACCUCGUGUGCGGGAUGUGCGUGGGUAUUGUGGGCAGCAGCUGCGCGCUGUCGGACGCGCAGAACUCUACGCUGUUCGUCAAGAUCCUGGUGGUCGAGAUCUUCGGCAGCGCGCUGGGGCUGUUUGGCGUCAUCGUCGGCAUCAUCAUGGCCGGAAACGCCGGGUUUGCCAAGGUGGUGUGA